UUUAGAAGCGUGAUUUCUCGUGGAAAUUUCGGUGUAAUUUCGGUUUCUUGGUGGAAAUGUGAAAAGCGUCCCGGUGAAUACGCAGUUUUACUCGAGUUAAUCAACAAACGAAGCCCUGCAGCUUGCCGAAAUGAAGCGGACAAACAAUAAUCGAACAAAUCGCGGGAAAACGGCAUCCGGGCAGCCGCAAGAGAGCGAAACAUCGUCGGAUGAAGAACCAUACAGAGGAUGGGGAGGAGGAGGGGGUGGGAGGAGUAGCAAACUCGUAUCUUCGCCUUCCAAACGCCCCAAACAAUUAUCACAGCAUGCCAUGAAUGACGACGACGAGGAGGCCGGGCCCCUCCAACUCGAUGGCUCCUUGGAUAGACCGGAGAAGAUCGCAAGCAUGCUGAUGCACGCCACGGAAAAAAUGGAACGCUGCUGGAACUUGGACCUGCAGACGUGCCUCACACAGUAUGUUGCCCUUCGGCCCAAUCCGAACUUCCCGGAGGCGGCUAUGGUGGUGUGCUGUGCGGCCAUGAUUUUCGCUCGGAAGGUGGACUAUCUUGAUGAAAUGGUCAUGCAUAUGAACCACGGACAAAAGAUGAGAGAACACGAGGAGGAGACCAGGAAGAAGAAUGAAAACGCCGGGGAAGAGGGUGAGGGUGGGAGUGGCACCACGGCAACGUCUGCGCCGAGAAAGGAAGGACGCAAGCGAUCGGCUCGCUUCAAACAAUUCAAAGAAUCCGAUUUCGACGAGAUCGAGUUCACCGUGAAGGAUCAGGAUGUGGUGCCGCUCGAGCAACUUAUGGAACCGCCAAGAUUCGUUGAGGUGGACAGGCGUACGAAGGUGCGACGUAUGCAGGAGAUGAGCGAUGAGCUUCGUGCUGGUGCACCCAGCAAACGGCGCGCGGAAAUACUGAACCGGUUACGAGAUGAGGCGGAAAUCGGAUCCCUGCUAUCGAGCCACGGGAUGGUACGCCGGAAUCCCAUAUUGGAUCCGGAGUCCGGUGAUUCGAUUGGCACACGGUUCGACUAUCAAGUGUUUCUCAACUUUAUCGAUUCGAAAACCGGUGGCCUGAUUCCGGAACACGACCUCAAACAUUACUUCCAGCGACGCGACGUUAUCGAUAUGCUGCACGAGCAACAGGAAUUUGAACGGGAACGAUGUAGCCAAUUGGGAAUCGCGCUACCGCAACCGAUACUGAAUUUGCAACCCCGCGAAUGCCGCAUGUUCUUGCCACCGGAGUACCUACGCAACCAACACAACAUCGACGUGCAGGAUACGUCGGAUUUCGAGAAAGCACUAAUGGAGGCCCGCAUCAGCAACUAUCGCACGGAUCCGAUCCUCGAGCUCAUGGGCCCGGAAGACGAGAAGCGUUUGUCGGCGGCAGCGGAAGCACGCCUGUCGCAAGAUGCUACAGCGAUGGUCGGCAGUUUCGAGACGAACGAUUCCGGACUGGGCGAUAGCUUGAACGAAUCGGGAAUCGAAAACAACUCAACACAAAAUACCAAUGGAACAACUGUUGGCAUGGAUACGCUCAAUAGCACCGACGAUAAUCCACCUGACGAUGAGCUGAUUGCAUUGGAACGAAACGAAACCGAGGUAAAACCCAGUGCGGAUGGAGCGACGGAGGGACAGGCCGGUGAUAAAUCGGCCAGCGAAGCAUUGCGGCUCAGUGUGGACGAAGGCAUCGGUGCGGACCGAGAUCCUUCAUCGGUGACGCAAUCGCCUGCCGCGGAGAAAGAUGAAACUCUUUCCAUUAGCUUCGGUCGGGGUAUUGUUAUCCCGAAACCGGUAGCUAUCCGGCCGGUGGUGUUGCUUCUCAAUAUGCUUGGACUGCCAGAAAAACUUGUUCGAAAGCAGUUAGCAUUCUCGCUACCGGCAGAAUAUCGUCCCUUGAAGCAGGCCGUCAUGAAGCGAGUUGACGUUCGAACCAAGGAUAUCUUUACCCUUGAUGUGUACCAACUGAAUGCAGACAACAUAGUUCAACCUGUGCGACCGGUAUCGCCAGAAUUGGAAGAUUUCCUUGGAUUCGAAGAGGACGACGAUAAACCAGCUGCUAGAUUGCAUGCCAACAAGAGGCUGACAAAGCAGCAGGGCGAAACACUAUUACGGCCACCGACGCCUGAAGCAGAUUUCUCCGGGUUCGACGAAGAAGAGGUAGACCGUACAAGAGCGACAACGACCGAAUGGUUGGCACGUUGUCCAGCACAGGCCAAGCAAUUACUGGAAAGUCCCAAACGGACGGAUCCAAAACCAGGAUCAGACCCGACGACUCCGAACCGAACGAUAUCCUGCGAUUCCGGCAUAUCUGACACCAUGGUACAGCAAUCUUCCAGUGUUUCGAGCGUUCCUGCAGUCGAUCCGGUUCCCGAACUUAACGAUGACAUCGAGAGCGAUCUGAAUGAAUUGCCGAGACCAUCCACCUCAUCCGGAGAGCCAUCGGAGGAUGCACCAUCGAUCGAUCGCAUCCAGCAAGAGCUGGCCGCGGAAAGAGAGCUCAAAAAGGUGACAAACGAAUGGGAAACCAGGUUAAAACCAUUGCUGCUCGAAUCGGAGAAACGCAAUCACUUCGAUAUCCACGCGUACGGUACCGAAAUUAUCGAUACGUUCGAUAAGGAUGCCAGUCCCACGACCGGUGGUAUCACUUUAGGCCAGGUGCUAGAGAAUAAGCCGCCACACAGCAUCGCACGCUACUUCCUCUCUGCACUAAUGCUGGCCAAUACGAACAACGUACGGAUCGUAAACGAGAAUAGCGACAUCACGCGGCGAUCGAGGUUAGAUGAGAUAUCGCUCCACUUACUCGACCGAAAACGGCAUCAUAAGGAACUGGACCAGCUGGGAGAGAUGUUUGGUUCCGACGCCCAGCCAGGGCCAAGUCGGAGCAAACGCGAUAAACCGAAUCGAAAGCGGAAAGGUGCAUCGAUGGCCGCUACGCCACAAUCCGAUCCGACCGUCCGGUGGGUUGAUGAACGAGGUACAGAAGUUACGAGUUCCGCCUCUAUGCCCUGCACGGCCGAUAAAAUAGCCAGAAGAAAUGUGCCGGAGAGCAGCAACGUUAUUCCGCAGUUGAUGCGCUUCGAAAGCGCACCCCAUCGGUUGAAUCUACAGGAACCAGCUUUUCACGAGGAGUUUGAGGAUGAUCUCCUUACAGUCGAUCUGGAUACACAUCAUGCAGCAAUGGUACCAGCAGCGGCACGCGCAUUCGAUAUUUCGUGCGCGCAAAGCGUGUACUCGAUGAUCGAUUCAGCGUAUGGUAGUGUGAUUCUCGACGCAGAUCAAUCCAGUGUCGCGUAGUAGUCGAUCGAAGCUCUCCAUUUCAUCCCGAUUCUCAAACACACUCAACGCAUUUCACUGCCCUCCGAACACCAACCAUAGCAUAAUGCAUCACACGUUCACAGUUCUCCCAUUUCAUACCAACGAAAGUACAAAACUUCAUUCGAUGUUUGUCUCAUUCUUCAGUAUCUCUUAUCAUUGAUACUACUACCACAUCGCUUAAUUCCUGCCCUCUACUAGUACCAGUUAGGCUCUACAAAGAUCUUACGUGAAAGAUCGUUAUAAUAGCUUUUAGGAUAAUUGGAUUUUUUGCGUUUCAGUGACA